AUGUCGGGGGCGUCGUCGAAAUCGAGGGUGGUGUACUAUGAAUUGCAGCUCCGGGAAGCGAUCAUGGCCUCGGACAACAUCCAUGCACUGUUUGACAAGGAGCGCCGGAUUCAGCGCUGUAUCCAACUCGCGGACGAGCUCUGUCGUGACUUAACCGUGUUUGGUCCCGUGUUGCGCACGAUCUUGACGGAGCUCAAGUCGGCCAUUUUCAGCGACGAAAAGUUGGCGAGGGGGUUCUUCGGUUCGGGGGUGUUUUCAGACACAGCGACGGUGGCCGAGAUUCAGGCCAGGACUUCAUUUCGAGAAAUACCAUGCUUUGUGCUGCUCGACAUUGCGUACACAGAGCGGACAAACGUGUUGCAAGCCAAGGCGGAGCUGGACGCCCUACAAAGUCACACUCAGGCGAAGCAUUCGACAGUCCUGGUCAAUGAACGUUUGCUUCGAAAGGAAAUCAACAUCACGAUGGGGGAACUCGCCGACACUCAAGCUCAAGUUGCGCGUACCAAGGUGGCUUUUGACGCUUUGCAAUCUGAAUCGCACCAACAGCGACGGGACAUGGCAGCGUCCACGUUGUACCUUCAACGGGAAUUGAAAGCCAUGAGCGUUGCUAUCACCGAGUACCAAGCUCAGAUUCGCGACCUCCAGCGCGAACUUGCAACAACCGAUUCUGUCCGCAAAGACUUUGAAGGGGUGCGUGCCAAGGCGUUAUCCCAACCGGCAUCAAGUGAUGCACCAACCAAAGCCUUGGUGCAAACUUUGCAAACAGAAAUGCAAUUGCUGUUGUUGCGAAAUGCCCGUCUGCGUGAGUAUGACAACGACAUUCAGCGGUGUAGCCCGGAUAUGCGCCACAAGUGCGAUGAUGCGAUUGACACAUGCACAUCACGCCAAGGCAUCGAUAGAUUUUGCCAAGAUUUUGCGCACGACAUCGAGCCUCUUCUAAACGAACAUUCAGCGCUAGAAGUUUAUGUCAGGGAGCAGGAAGCAACACUCGGCGAUCUCGUGAACUCGAUCCAAGAGCCUCACAAGACGCUCUUGCUUCACGCGCCGCCCGUGCCCGACACGGUGCUCUGGGUUCCGUUUGUCAAAUGGCAUCCUGAGCCCAUGCCGAAAUGUAUUCCAACCUUAAACGUUGACGACUUGGAGAUUUUUUUUUCGCACUUGUGGGCCAAGAUCGCGACCGUCGAGCGCAAGUGGGUGCGGUGGACACUUGAGCACGAACGAGACAAACAACUUUCGACACUCGAGAGCAACCAUGCAAGCGACGUUCUUCCGAUCACGCAAGUUUGCUUUGACUUUGUCGAAGAUCGAUAUGGAGAACCACGGGUUGCCGUGCUCGUCAUGGCGUCCAUUUUGGAAGCCAUCGAUCGUUUUGUCGAAGAAAGCCCCCAGCUCGACUUGUUCGGGUCGGUGUUCGCAGGCGAAUUGGAUCAGUCUGCUUGGUGGUACUUGAUGAGCGUCAAGCAGCAUGUGGCGCAGCUGGAGCUCGAUAUUACGACGGACGCAGCCUUACGGGCUGUGGGUCAGUAUCUGUUGCUGCCCCAGGCCGACAUCAACGUUGUGGAGGUUGGGCAUUGGCGUUUUCAGAUCGAAAAGUCAUGUAAUUGUAGGUGCAAGCCCUCGAUUCUUUUGUGACAACCGUGCACAUGCAAGUUCGAGGUGUCCUUCCUGAAAAGGUCCGUGGUCGAUGCUACAUGACGGUUUGUGGUAGGUGACCUGACUUCUACGAAAUUCUUCGACUGGCUUGCCGCGCGCAUCCUGACGGCAGACGAGUUCCACUUUCGAAUGGCGAAACACGUCCUUUCCCGCAACGACGGGGCCAACUUGAAAGAACUCACACUCGUUGACUUCUCCAAGAACGUACUCGAUUGCGUGCACUUGCCUCGAGCAGUACGACCAUUCUAUCAUCAAGAGUGCAAGCGCGUCAUGUACAAUCCGUAGCUCAUCGGCCGGUACUUCCGCGGGAUGUGUCGUGAAGAUCGCGACGUGGCCUCCGUGGAGAGUGUCGUGUACAUGCUGGCCUACAUCCAAUUGAUUCAACCUGGAAGUUACAACCAAUGAAGCGACAUAUCCGGUUAAUAUCCGGUGGACUAUCGCUUGAUGUUCGAAUUUGAAUGUUGAUGCAACCUGUUCUGGAUGAAAUUGGGAAGCAUCGAAUGGACAAUUACAGGAGUUUUCCUCUCCA